AUGUCCGAAAAUAUAAACAACAAUCAGAGUGACAAUAAAACUGAGCCCGUCAGCCCCACCUCAAACCACUCUCCUGCGAUCAAUGCCAACGACUUGACGGAACCGAAUCCAUCUUGGCUACAUUUCGAGGCACAAGUCCUGAACCGUAGCAUCAAUAGCGUUACCAUAGAAUGGUCUGCCUUUGACGGUGCAGUGGUGUAUAAAAUUGAAAAGUUUCAUAAACGGCGCGGCUGGCAGCAGGUGGAGUGGAGUAGCAGCAGUCCAAUCACCAUAUUUAAUCUGGAGGAGAACUUUAGCUGUAGAUUGCGAAUUAUUGCGUUGCAUUUGGCAGCCGAAGGAACUCAUUAUGAGGUGCUGGCCGUAUCCCCAGACGUAAUCGCAAUUACUGAGGCUGCAUUGCCGUCCACAAACUGCUUACAUCGUGCCAUACGAAAGGGUCAACAGUUUCUGGUAAAGCGCAUGUUACGCCGACGACCCAGCUUGAUAGACUAUCCGGGACCCAAUGGAUUCCUGCCGCUAGCGAAUGCGAUAACGCAGGGCGAGAUGUGCAUUAUUGAUGUACUCCUCUCUGCGGGCUGUAGCGUCCACGUGGGAAAUCCAAGCUGCCACACAACGCCAUUACAUCUUGCAUUUUACCACGGACAUUUGCAGUCGGCACGCAUUUUGCUGAACAAAAAGGCACAGCUGGAAGCGGUUGACUUCAAUGGCAUGACACCAGCUCAUUCUGCAGUCGACGGCAAUCAACUGGAAAUGCUGAAGUUCGCGCUCGAAUCCGGUUCAAAUUUAGAGGCCAGGGACCGUUGCGGUUGGACGCUGCUGUUACGGGCAGUUGUCAUGAAUGCCGACCUGGAGUUGGUGAAAUUGUUGGUCACCCAUGGGGCGGACUUGGCAGCCAUCGACGAUUUGGGCAAAAACUGUUGUGAUUUGGCACGGCUAUACAAAAGAACAGAGGCCGGCGAUUACUUCGAAAAGGUGCAUACAUUCAGGCAAAUGAAGCUGAAGGUGACUCGGGCCACAAAGCCCACUGACUUGUAACUAUUCGAUGAAGGUG